GCAAUGAGCCACACAUGAGGCGUCUUGACACGCCGCACGCCCCUCGCGACAUCUUGUUAUCCCUCCUUCUUUCACGACCCCGACGACGUCGAGCUAUCCGACGUCGGCGACGAUGACACCAACCCUCACCUGGCCAUGGCACUGGCAAGUCCAGCUGCCGCACAUCAACUUGCCCAGUAUACCUUUCGCGAUCCCUGCGGCGGUGACGCCCCUCCUCGUCUUGCGCAUUAUCUCCCCAGCACUCGUGCUGCUGGUCACGCUCUCCAUCAUCUUCACCCGCCCCAGUGCACCCAAAUCCCCAUCUCCCAUCACGCAGGUCAUCGUCGCGACGCGUACUCCGCGGCGUGCCUUGAUUCUGGUUACUCUCUCGCUUGCCGCGCUCACAUUUUUUCUUGAUGGUGUUGCAUUCAUUGUAUAUGCCGUGCUGCGCAAGACGUGGCCAGAGUACAGUGGCAUCGAGAUCGCUGCACUCCUUGGUCUCGCGGCGUAUGGCGGCUUGGCUGCUCUAGGGGCUUGGAAGGACAUUCAAGGAGUCGAUGUCUGGUACUUGAGAAGGCUCAAAUUUGCGUUUCUCGCCGCAUUUGGCCUCGAUGUCGCUCAGGUCACCAUGCUGGCCUUGUCGAUGCCACUGGGAGAUCCACUCUCCAUCCGGCUGCUCCUGCACCUCGCGUUCCCGGCAUUCCGAGUUGUACUGCUCGUACCACUCCUCGCAGCUCUGUUCUUCCCUCGAGUGACAUACGUCGCCGUCCACGACUCUGAUGAGGAAGCCCAAGCUGAAACAGACUUACUCCUCCCGCAAUCGGUGGGCGCUGCGCCAUCUACGGGCCUCUCACCAGUCUCUGCAGAGAUGAGCAAAUAUGGAACAUUCCGCUCAACUGCGCGUUCCACGAUACAAGCAUCUGGUCCGACCACACGGAGCCACACUCCUGCUCCAUCCGCGGUUCAGACGUUGCCUAUGAAGGGCAAGGAGCCGAAGGAGGAGGUCGUGCUUGACCCAUCAUGGGGCGAGAUUUGGGCACGUCUGCGGCGCAUCUCGCCAUAUCUGUGGCCAUCAAAGAGCGCCGGUCUUCAAUUUCUUGCGCUGCUAUGCGUCGUGAUCGUUGUCAUUGGCCGUUUCGUCAACAUCCUCGUUCCGUUCGUCUUUGCGGAGCUAGUGCACAUGUUUGAGGAGGGUGCCUACACGCAUAUGCUCUGGAUGUACCUAUUCACAUAUGUUGGGUUGCGCUUCCUGCAAGCGAGCGGCGGCCUGGGUGCUCUUCGUGAGGCGUUAUGGGCACCAGUCAUGCAGUACUCGGAUCGAGAGAUGUCGCAGCUCUCAUUUGAGCACAUAUUGAAUCUCUCGCUCGCAUUCCACCUGCGUCGCAAAACUGGCGAAAUCCUCCGCAUCCUCGAUCGCGGGGCUGCCAUCAAUCGCGCAUUCGAGCUCCUCCUGUUCAACAUCAUCCCCACGUUCAUCGACAUCGGAAUAGCGCUCGUGCUAUUCUCCAUCUAUUUUGAGUGGACCCUGACAGUGGUUGUAUUUGUUGUGAUGACAGCCUAUGUUUCCGCAAGUAUUAUCCUCACCAAUUGGCGCACGCGGCUCCGGAGACAGAUGGUCGAUCGCGACGUGGUCACGCGUGGCAUCCACACUGACUGCCUGCUGAAUUAUGAAACGGUGAAGUACUUCAACGGCGAGCAACACGAGGCGGAACGUUAUCGGGAUGCUAUCCGACAAUACCAAGGCUUGGAGUACCGGGUCAUCCUGUCGUUGAACUUGCUGAAUCUCGUGCAGAACUUGAUUAUCACAUUGGGUCUCUUGGUCGGUUCUAUGAUUGUCGCCUUGCGCGUGACGCGAGGGCAGUCGCAGCCAUACCAGUUUGUCUUCUUCGUGACAUACCUGGCACAGCUCUAUGGCCCCUUGAACAUGCUUGGCACGAUCUACCGCUCCAUCAAUCAAACGUUGGUCGAUACGGAGCGACUGCUCAAGUUGCUCAAUGAGCCGACCGAUGUCAACGACAAGCCCAAUGCGCCCGAUCUCAUCGUGACUAAUGGCGAGAUUGAAUUCGACAAUGUCAGCUUCUCGUACGACGGGCGUACGCCUGCGCUCAGUGGGGUAUCGUUCAAGGUCCCGAAGGGAUCAUCCGUUGCACUCGUGGGCGAGUCGGGUGCGGGCAAGUCGACGAUCCUGCGCUUGAUGUAUCGGUUCUACGACCUGCAGGACAAUGGAGGCCGUAUUCUGAUUGAUGGGCAGGAUAUUCGAGAUAUAACCCAGGCUAGUCUGCGCAAGGCGAUUGGAGUGGUCCCCCAGGAUGCGGUGCUGUUCCAUUCGAGCAUUGCGUAUAACAUUGGGUACGGCAAGUUCGGUGCAACAAUGGAAGAGAUCGAAGCGGCGGCAAAGGCUGCGCAGAUGCACGAUCGAAUCAUGAGCUUCCCGGACGGCUACGAAACGAAGGUGGGCGAGCGCGGCGUACGCCUGAGCGGGGGCGAGAAACAGCGAGUAGCGAUUGCCCGGACGAUGCUGAAAAACCCGCCCAUCCUCCUGCUGGAUGAGGCCACUAGUGCGCUGGACACGGCCACGGAAAAAGACAUCCAAGAAGCUUUGCGGAAUUUGAUGGAAGGCCGGUCAUCGCUAUCAAUCGCGCACCGGUUAUCGACAAUUGCGUCAGCAGACGUGAUCCUUGUCCUGAAAGAUGGCCAGAUUGUCGAGCAGGGCAGUCACAAUGAGCUGCUCGCUCUCAAUGAAGAAUAUGCGAAGAUGUGGGCUGCGCAGGUGCAAGGCAUCGAGGACGCAGGAUCCUCACAAUCCCGCCAAAAGGAGGCAGCUGUCUCGGGCUACUCGGUCGAUGAUGCGGAUCCAUCGACGAAGGGUAGCAAUACUAUCAUCAACGAGAGCACCGUGGCUGCUGCGACGAGUGCCGGCCCGGCCGACGUGGUCGUUGACGACGUGCACACGGUGGCUGACGCGGAGAUGACGGCGGAGACUCAGGUCGCCGCGGCGGUACAGGAGAUCAUCGAGGAUGGCGCGCCUGAUGUAGAAGGUACCGAGGAGCCGGCGGGCGAUGUGGUGCAGGCAGGCUCGGCGCACGGCACGGGGGAUGCAUCUGCUGUUGCCGCGGCAGAGGCACGCAAGUCAGAUGAUGCUCCGGCAUUCCCUCGAUCUGAGAGCCCUGCUGUGAUUGGCUUCCCCACGGUUGCCGACGAGGCCGAAAUUGGCUUCCAGCAUGCCACGGCUACUCCAGAACACGCCACAGCUACUCCAGAGCGCGCCGAGACCCCUCAGACGACACAGGGCGUCACCUUCGAGAAGGAAAGCCACACACCGCCCCGCCCGAUCCCAGGGGCCUCCGAGGGCGAUGGCAAACGCAAGCGCACGCUGUCGACGCAAGGCAUCAAGAACCUGACGCGGCGCAUGUCAACGUCGCAGUACCGGCAGGAUUCGAGCUCGUCGAUUCCCAAACUGGGUGGGUUCAUGUCGGGCAUGCUCAAGCGUGAGAGUACCACUGGGUCAGCCUCAACUUCGAGGGAUGCCGGCUCGAGGGACAGCCCCACGGCGAGCGUGGCGAGCGAUAUCGGCAGGUCCAAGAGCAAGAAGAAGGACAAGAAAGAUAAGAGGAAGAGCAGCGGCGUCUAGCGUCGUGCGCGACGACAAAUUGUAGUCGAGCGACGAUCCCCGGGCUGCGGCCCACCAUCCAUCCACUCAUGAACGUUGGAAUUGUACUCAGAUUUCCUCGCGAGCGGCGAUACUGUAUUCAUCUCACCAUCCCUGUCUGUCCAUGCAUCCACUGCUGUCCAUUUGUGUUCCAUUUUCUGUGUCAUAGUUCUCCGCAUAUGCCUGUUGACGUACGCACCCCGCGCUAUUGCGCCCUGUAACAUUGCAGUUCUAUUUUUGUACCGGAACAUGCUUGCGUUGGCCG